AUGAACAAUAAGCUGCUGUUUGUUCUCUGUCGCACCUGCGGAGAACAAAUGAAUAAAGGCGAGUGUCAGCAUAGCGACGAAGAACGAGCUCUGACAGGGACAUGGAUUGUCGACGAAGUUCGAAAGGCCGUUGAAAAAGGUUAUCGUCUGUUGGAGAUCCGCGAGAUAUGGUCUUAUCAAAUAGAUCAAUACGAUAAGGUUGCAAAGACUGGAGGUCUCUUCACCAGUAUGAUGAACAAGUUCGUCAAGGUAAAACAGCAGGCGUGCGGUUGGCCCGCCCAUUGUACCACAGACGAGAAGGAGCGUUACAUCGAGCAAUUUCUCGAGAGGGAAGAUGUUAAGCUCGAGUUUACGGAGAUCUUGGAGAACCCAAGGCUACGGUCUCUCGCAAAACUCAUUUUGAACAGCUUUUGGGGAAAACUGGGACAGAGGGAGAACCAGCCCAAAACAUCCAUCGUAAGAAACCCCUCAGAAUUCUUCGGUAUGCUCACCAACCCCAGCAUCUACGUUAACUCGGCGCUCCCUAUCAACGAAGACACUCUCGUCGUCAAUUGGGAGCACAAGGAGGAGGCCUACGAUCCACUCACCACCGUAAAUGUCGUCAUUGCUGCUUAUGUUACCACUCAAGCCCGUCUUAAGCUGUACAGUUACCUGGAGCAGCUGGGCGACAGGGUCUUGUAUUACAAUACGGACUCUGUCAUUUACAUGGCCAAAGAUGGAGUAUACGGCGUACCAACGGGUGAGUUCCUCGGCGACAUGACGGACGAACUGGAACACGGGAGCUAUAUCACAGAAUUUGUAAGCGGAGGGCCCAAGAACUACGCAUAUAAGGCUUUCUCUACCAGCGAUAACGAAGAGAAGGUGGUGUGUAAAGUUAAGGGUAUAUCCCUUAACUACACCGCAUCACAGCUGAUAAAUUUCGAUACCAUAAAAGAUAUGGUGUUGGACACUUCCACCACCAGCCCGGUAUGCGUAGCCUCAAGAAACAUCUUGAGGACCAAGGAGCACGAGGUGAUAACCGUACAGCAAACCAAGCUAUAUAAACCUCUCUCCGUAAAGAGACGGUUCCUGGACGACCACAGCUCGGUGCCCUACGGAUGGAAAAGACCUAAGCUUUAA